CAGAGGCACGGAGCGGACACCUCUGCUCGCCCUCGCCGCCCCGUGACAUCGGAGCCUUCAGCAGGGCUCAGGAGCCUCCACAGCCAGGUCACAGCGUGCUGGGGAUGAGGCUGGGGAUGAAGCUGGGCGCCGCCUGCCUCCUGUGGCUGCUGCUGCUCUGCCUGAGCCUGCCCGCCACGCACGGCCGCGUCCUGGAGCGCUCCGUGGAGAUCAGGAGUAAGGAGAACAUGACCCCGGACAUCGAUCCCUCGUGGUACACGGGCCGCGGGAUCCGGCCCGUGGGGCGCUUCGGGCGGCGGCGGGCGCUGGGCGGGCCCGGGGCUGCUCUGCGGGGCUGCGCUGCUCCUGCCCGGCUGGAGCCGAGCCCCUGAGCCCGGCUGGCAAUAAAAUCCCUGCUCGCUCA